UCCAUCCUCCGGUUCAAAUCUUGUUUGCCCGACGCUGUCGGUAGUUUUUAGUUUUAGUUUUCUUUAUCGUCCUGUCGUGAUGCCUGCUGAAAAUCUACGAUGGGAAACUUUAGAGGCCUUAAAAAAUUCACCGAAGGGAAAAAUCUUAUACGACCCGUUCUGGUCGGAAAGAGGCGAGCACAUUCUGGCAGGUUGCAAAGAGGCCGUCAUCCUGUCCUCGCACUCUGGGGUCAUACUGGAGCGUCUCGGCUCCUUGCCCCUGCAGAACUCCUCCUUUCUGAACUCCAGCUCCAGAGACUCCAGCCCGGGCCUCUCUGAGGAGAUCUCAGCCUCGGUCUCCUCCACAGGAUCCAUCCCCGACCUCAGCACAAGGCACGCCACACUUUCUGCAGCCCCGUCUUUAAAGGCCGAGCGUGAGCAGGCUGUUAGUGAUGAGGCGAAGGAUGAAGAUCCAGAGGCAGAUGUCAGCGAAGUUUCCAGUCCUACAUCACUACCUGCCAUUUCCCUGCUGUCGCCCAAAGCCAUGGAGACGGCAGGCCGCAUUCUCAAGUUUGAGGAGCAACAACGAGAAAAAGCCAAGGUGGCGCUCAAACUGCGGCAGGAGAUGCAGGAGAAGCUGGUGGCAGCAGUGGCGAGCUCCGAGUCGGAGCAGCUGAAACGUUUUGAGGAGUUCAUGGAGCUGAAGCAGAGGCAGGAGUUCCAGACCAUGAGGGACAUGAUGGACAGAGAAACUAAAGAAAGCAUCGGGCGUCAGGAGAAGCUGAAGGAAGAGCAGCGACACAGAAUGAAGAUCCUCAACCUGCGACUGAGGGAGGCGGAGCAGCAGCGCAUGCGGGAGGCGGAGCUCGAGCGUCAGCGGCAGGCGGAGGGCAGGGAGCGACUGCGUAACCUCAACACCAUCCAGGAGGAGAUCCUGCAGCUCAACCAGCUGCUGGAGCCGUCUACCAAAACUGAUCUCCCACCGGCCAGCCUUAACUCCUACUGCACCCGCGGGAACCAGCUGUGCUCGCAGCUGUCAGAGGUGGUGCGGAAGACGGCAGAGGGAGAGUUCCCCAGCGUGGAUGACAUGACCGUGGCUGAGCGAGCCCUCCACGAGAUGAGGGCACUGAUCCGGCAGAUGCAGGAGGAAGUUGCAAAGGCUCAAGAGAAGAAGAAGAAGGAGCAUGAGGAGGAGGAGCAGCGCAGGAAGCAGGCGGAGCUGCAGGCGCAGCAGGAAGCGCAGAAGAAGGCGGCAGAGUCGGCCAAAGAGAAGGCAAAGAGGAAAGGGCUGCAGAACAGCGCUGAAGACAGCACUCUGAAAUGGUACAAGGAGCUGCAGGAGUUGGCUGCACAGUCCGCUCAGUCCUUCAACCAGCUCAACACCUCAAAAGACGUCCAGACAAAGAAGCUGAAGCUGGAGCUCCAGAAAGCAGCCACCAUCCCUGUCAGUCAAAUCGCCAGCGACUCCGGAUCGCAGCUCCGGGAAAUCUUUGACAAGAUCGACAAGCUGCUGUCGGGACGAGCGGUGGUGUCGGGGGGGAGGUCUGUCUCCACCUCCCAGCAUCCUCAGGGCCUGGAAUUUGUCAGCUACAAACUGGCUGAGAAGUUUGUGAAACAAGGAGAGGAGGAGGUGGCGUCUCACCAUGAAGCUGCUUUCCCCAUCGCCGUGGUGGCCUCUGGCGUCUGGGAGCUGCACCCUCGAGUGGGCGACCUCAUCCUCGCCCACCUGCACAAGAAAUGUCCGUACGCAGUCCCACAUUACCCUCCGAUGAAGGAUGGCACACCUGUGGAGGAAUACCAGAGGAUUCUUGGUUACCGUGUGGACGACACCGGGGUCGAAGGUCAGGAUAGUUUCCUAAAGAGGAUGUCUGGGAUGAUCCGUCUCUACGCAGCCGUGAUCCAGCUGAGGUGGCCCUACGGCUCCAAGCACGGGUCUGCUCCUCACGGACUGAACCAAGGCUGGCGUUGGCUGGCUCAGAUGCUGAAUAUGGAGCCUCUGGCUGACAUCACAGCGACGCUGCUGUUCGACUUUCUCGAGGUCUGUGGUAAUGCUUUGAUGAAGCAGUAUCAGGGCCAGUUCUGGAAACUCAUCCUGCUGCUGAAAGAGGAAUACUUCCCCAGAAUUGAAGCGGUGACCAGCAGUGGACAGAUGGGCUCAGUCAUCAGACUCAAACAGUUUCUAGAGACGUCGCUGCAGAGCCGGCAGAUCCGUCCACCCAAAGGCCAGCUGAGCUCCAUGUUCUGGAACUCGUGAUAGACGAGGAGGAAGAGGAGCCGCCAUGUUGGAUGUUGCUGCAUGACGCCGUUCAGGACUGAAUGAGGCAGAAAGUGAGGGACAUGUGGUCUGACGCUGGGGACUAGGAGGCAACUUCAGCCAGUAAACAAGGAGGAAAAGUAGAAGCUGCUGGAGCUCAUUAAAUUUGUGUCAUUUACUGGACGUCUCAGAGAAAAUAUCAGGAGGUGUUUGAUAAGUAAAGACACAGUGGAGGCCACGCUCAACUACACGGUAUAUUCCAAAUUGAUUCACCAGCUUUGGAUGAAGUUUCAAACGGCUAACGGCGAGACAGGAAGCACUUCUACUCCGACAUCUGCUCCAAUGAUGGUUUUCUGCUUCUUACAGCUUUAAAAUGUACUUCAUGAUUUAUGUGUUGCAACAAAACAAAGCCAGAUCUGCUCGUUCUUUAAAAACGACAUGUAGUAAUUAUGUUGCUCUAAACGCUCUGAAUCCUCCAGAAGAAAAGUGUUAAACAUCCUGAUGUUGAAGCUGUUUCUGUUGGUUUGUUGGAGGAAACAAGUUUUGUUUUCUCACUAAAUCUGGUCACUACUGUUUGUGUUUUUAUUUCAACACUCGCUGUUCAAAUCCGAAUUGUGUUGAAUGAUUUGAACGUUUUUGCUAUUUAUUUUUAAUGAAUCCACUGUGUGGAUUGAAGCUUCGUGAGCUGAUGAGCUGUCUUUAAUAGUUGUGAAUGAAGUCAUCCCAAAAUUAGGACGUAUAUCAAUUUAAAACUGCUGACGUGUGUUAGUCAGUGUUUUCAGAAUACAGCAGAGUUGAUGGUCAUGCUGAAAGAGGAAUCUAAAGAUGACUCAGUGCUUUCAAGUGAAACAAAAAUGAAAGUCAUGGUAGAGGAGCAGAGAAGAAGUCUGAAUGUAGACUCUUGUGAUGCAGAUGUUUUAUCAAAAUGAUUGUAAUUUUCACAUGUUGUGCAGAAAUGUCUCCAUCUGUAAACCAAAUGUGUGGAAUUAAACCUCAUCAGCAGUUUA